CCGUUCCAGUCUUCGGCGGCCGCGGAUUCAUUGUAGCCAGUACCGGACGUGAGGGGCGGGGCCGAGCGGCGCUUCCCCGGCAGCACCGACCCCGUCCCGACCCGCCGGUCCCGGUCCCGGUCCCGGUCCCGCCGCUCGCCCCGCUGGGAGCCGGCCCGGCCAUGCUGGCCGCAGCAUGGCCCCUGCGGAACACGACGCGCUGGCCGUGCGGGAGCAGCUGUUCCACCAGAGGGUCCGCGAGUGCAUCAUCUGUGCCCUGCUCUUCGCCAGCCUCUACAUCCUCUGCCACUUCAUCAUAACCCACUUCAAGAAGCACGCGGACUUCGCAGCAGUUCAUGAUGAUGAGGAUGCUGCUGUCGACAGGAUUGCGCUGGGGCUCUGCACCUUCACCUUGGCCGUGGCGCUGGGCGCCGUCCUCCUGCUGCCCUUCUCCAUCAUCAGCAACGAGGUGCUGCUCUCCUUCCCCCACAACUACUACAUCCAGUGGCUGAACGGGUCCCUGGUCCACGGCCUCUGGAACUUGAUCUUCCUCUUCUCCAAUCUCUCCCUCGUCUUCCUCAUGCCCUUUGCCUACUUCUUCACUGAGUCCGAGGGUUUCGCGGGAUCCAAGAAGGGCAUCAUGGCCAGGGUGUACGAGACAACGGUGGUGCUGCUGCUGCUGACGCUGCUGGUGCUGGGCAUAGUCUGGGUGGCCUCUGCCAUGGUCAGUGGUGACGCCGCCAGCCGCCAGUCGCUCUACGACCUCUGGGAGUACUACCUGCCCUACCUCUACUCCUGCAUCUCGCUCUUCGGCGUGCUGCUUCUGCUUCUGUGCACCCCCUUCGGCCUCUCCACCAUGUUCGCUGUCACGGGGAAGCUGCUGGUGAAACCCCGGCUCCUGGAAGACCUGGAUGAGCAGCUGAGCUGCACGAGGCUCGAGGAAGCCGCCGUGUCCCACAGGAUUUCCGCUGGCAAAGCUUCCUGCUGGCUGAACUUGAACGUGGAGCUGCUGCGGGAGCAGCUCUUUGCCAUCCGGAGCAAGAGGCGGAAGCUGGAACUGCGGCACCGAGCGUCACCCUGGCAGAGGAACCUGGGCUACCCCCUGGCCAUGCUGGGCCUCCUGGCGCUGACGGGCAUCUCUGUGCUCAUCGUCUGCUUCCACGUCCUGGAGCUGCUGCUGGACGAUGCCGCGAUGCCGCGGGGCAUCCAGGAUGCGCCCCUGGGCCAGGUCUCCUUCUCCAUCUUUGGAUCCUUCGGAGCUGCCCUGCAGGUCGUCCUCAUCUUUUACCUGAUGGUCUCCUCCGUCGUGGGCUUCUACAGCUCCCCCCUCUUCACCCGGCUGCUCCCCGAGCGCCAGGACACCCCCCUCACCAAGAUCAUCGGGAACUGUGUCUGUUUGCUGGUGCUCAGCUCAGCCUUGCCAGUCUUCUCCAGGACACUGGGCAUCACCCGUUUUGACCUUCUCGGGGACUUCGGCCGCUUCAACUGGCUGGGAAACUUCUACAUCGUCUUCCUGUACAACAUGGGCUUCGCGGGGCUCACCACGCUCUGCCUGGUGAAGAGGGUGUCCUGGGCCGUCCAGGCCGAGCUCCUCCGCACCCUCGGUCUGCACAAGCUGCCGGUGACGCGCUCCUGGCCCCUCUGCAAACCCUGCUAGGGCUGGGGGCGGCGACGCGUCCCCCUGGCGCUGCGGUGGCCACCGGGAUGGCCACCAGCUGCUGAGCCAGCCCUGAUGGCGCCUGGUGCCCCCCAAGGAGAGCUGAGACCCCGGGUGGGGGGGUCUGGUGCCUCUCCCUGGUCUACCUCAGCCUGCUGCGCUACUGAGCCAUGGCCUUGAGCCGUGUCCCCGUCACACACGGGGUCCCCCGGGGGCUGCGCUGGCUGCAGCCCCCCACCCCGUUUUCAUACCUCAUGCAAGAACAGCCAGCCCCCCCCACCCCGGGGCUGCCCCUGGGGUGCAGUUGGGUUUUAAAUGUUCCCCCACCCCGGGGGACUGUCACCACACUAUGUUGGGGGCUUUGUGUCCCCCUGCACAGUCACUCCGCACCCCAUCCCCGCGUCACCCCAAGGCUGCCGGGGGGACACUGGUUGUCACCCACCCUCAGGCCUUUGGGGUCCUCGAGGAAGGAGCAGGGGCUGGGGUUCCAGGGUGCUGGGGUUGAGACCCCUCCCCAACAUCUUGGUGGGACGAGCCCGUCGGGUCUGUUACCACAAAACUUGUUUGGAGCAAUAAACAGUCUUUUUUUUAAUACAAAAA